AUUUUAAUUGGUGCAACAUUAGCUGGGACCCACAAUUUUGGAAAAGGUGGUCGAACCAGGAAGGUGGUAUUUUUGAGUCAUUGACUCUCUAAGUUCCAAUUUUUAAUUUUUUUUUAUAAUGGUUACGUAGCUUUCGUAUCAAGUUUGGUUGUCUUCACCUAUAUCAAUCACCGCUCUACAUUUUUCUCAUUUGUAGUACACGUACUUUGUUUUAAAUCAACGCACCAAAAAAUGAAAUUAUCAAGAAAAAGAAAAACAGAACACAACACAAAAUAUGAGUAUGCCCAAAGCCUAUACUCUUCUUAUGACAUUAGAGUUGGGUUCGAUUGGAAUUAAGUAUCAAGGUUUAAACACUAAUCCCUUCCAACAAUCACCCCAAACCUUGUUGCUAUUUUUGACAUCUAUCUUUUGUCAUGUCGUUUCAUCCACAGCUGACUUGACCUUACCAAGUACUAUGAUCAUAUUCCACUUUUCCGGGAUUGUUGCAUGUGAGACACUUUUAUGGAUUCUCCUUCCUGAAUUUUGGAAUUGGUACAUCAUCAACAUAUUCCUUUUGAUGGUUACUACUUUCUGUUUCUUCAACUACAUUCAUAGUAUCGUUAAGCUCUUCCUUCCUACAAAUUCAAGGGCUGUUCCUAUUGCUCAACCUCCAAAUCCAGAAUCACAGCAGGAAGCUCAGGUAAUUCAGCAAACAUCAAGCAAUAUUAUGCAACCUGUUUUUCUCGUAUCGCUGGAAUGGUUCUUUUUGGUGGUCUCCUUGCACCCAAUUGUGCUGGCAACAGAUACAGAUUGGGUGGUUAGGCUGACAACUAUGCUGCUCAAAGAUCCAGAGGCAGUAUGCAAGUCUCUACAUACUUCGGAACUUUAAUUAUGGGAACCCUCAAAUAGUUCCAGGCUUCCCUCAAAUGAAAACCUUGAUGGAGAGGUCCUAGCUGACAACAAUUUGCUGGUCCAAAAGGAACAUGACAUACUAGUUUCUGGACCACGAGAUGAUAAAACCAGAAGCAGAGAGAAUUCAGGAAAAAGACCUAGGAGCUCGACUGAGGUCCCCAAGAACAAGAGGAAUGUUAAAUGCAUGAAGAAUAUGAGAUGUGGUUUUAUAAGCACAGAAGAGAAUACAGGUCCUGGUUCUCAAGAUCAGACCUUAAGCAGUUCUACAGUUAUGUGGAGGUGCAUCUUCAAGUUUGAGUCAGAACAAUUCUACAGCUCUGAAGUUAAGCGGCCAAUCAAUAUCUAGUAGAGGUCCUGCUACUGAUCCAGAUAGUCUCUAUUCAAGAGUUAGGGCCUGUUUGGAUAGACGGUUUAUUUGCAGCUUAUAGCACAAAUUCUCAUCAUGAUAAGCGCUUUUGCAUAAGUUUACAUAAGCUAUUUUUAUAGAAAAAGAUAAAAUAAAUUUUAAUUGUUUUUGUAUAUGCUAUAAGUUGCUUUUAUAAGCAAUAUCGGAGAUCUUGAGAAAAUAAGACGAAAAAAAUCUUGUGCAAAUUGUCAUAAGUUGUUUUCAUAAGUUCAA